GAGAAGAUGGCGGUCUCCACAGCAUUUAAUUAUCAUUCAGAAAUGAUAGAAUCUAAAGGAGUUAAAGUUCCUCGGAAUUUUCGCUUGUUGGAAGAACUUGAAGAAGGACAGAAAGGAGUAGGUGAUGGCACGGUUAGCUGGGGCCUUGAAGAUGACGAAGACAUGACACUCACAAGGUGGACAGGCAUGAUCAUUGGGCCGCCAAGGACAAACUAUGAAAACAGAAUAUAUAGUCUGAAGGUAGAAUGUGGAUCUAAAUACCCAGAAGCUCCUCCAUCCGUUAGAUUUGUAACAAAAAUUAAUAUGAAUGGAAUCAAUAAUUCCAGUGGAAUGCUCAGGACCUCAGCCCAUGGAAUGGUGCCACCCACAUUUAGGGUGGAUGCACGAAGCAUACCAGUAUUAGCAAAAUGGCAAAAUUCCUAUAGCAUUAAAGUUGUCCUCCAAGAGCUAAGACGUCUAAUGAUGUCCAAAGAAAAUAUGAAGCUUCCACAACCACCGGAAGGACAAACAUACAACAACUGAGUUUAGUGGAUCUCAAACUUGUCUUAAAUCAACAGCCUUCUACUCAUGUUAAUGUCUUGAUUAAAUAUCACCAUGCAAAAUACCCACACAUUAAGUAAAAGAAUUCCAGCUGGUAAACAUGACCUGGACAUUUGCAAGAAUAUAUUUAAUAUAUGUGCACCUAUUAUGUUUUCAGGUAACAGGAGAAGUGCGGCACAAGUUUUCUUUCUCUUCUUAAAGCACUGUCAUGUAGACAUGAGCCUGAAGUCUUCAAAAUUGAAUUCAGGUUUUCAAGACAAAAGCACGGCAAAGGAGUGUCAGGUGGCAGUGGAAACCUUUGUCUUUCUGAACAAUAAAGUCUCAAGAAGGAAGAGCAGAAAUGGCAUGCUUUAUUCAUGCUUAGACUACAGAACUGUUUAAAGUAGCAGGUAUAAUGAGUAGUCACAGUUGUGUUAACUCGAAGCGGUGCGGGUGUGGGUGCUGACUACUAUAGCAUCAAAAUAGCUUCAGGAUUGUUUUGAUACCUGUAUUUAUAAUAAAAAGAUGUUUGGGGUAUUGAUGAAUCUCUGUUAAAAGCUGUUCCCGUUUGUUCCAUGUAACAGACAUGAUAAAUAUUUGUUUACAGUCUUUGUUUAAUAAAACAUGCUUAGAGGUUUUAAGUGAAGCAACGAAAAGGAAAUAGGUGUAUGGAUAUGUGAUUUCAGAUCAAAGUUAGUCUUGAAAUGUAAAUAAAAUGCGGAAUGUGUCCUCAGACUGUGCUAUUUCUGUUACAUUGGUAUUAUCUAUAGUAGCCAUAUCAAGGUGGCAAAAUUGGGCAUUAUUAAUCUAGGCAUAAUGGUGUCAGAAGCAAAAAGAUUGCAAGUUCCAGGCCAGCCUGGGCUGGUGAAUAAGAUUGCAUUUUAAACAAAACCAAAACAAAACCAGAAACAUUGAGAAUAUCACAGAUUUUCAUUGAAACACAUCUUUUACUUAUUCUAUUUUAUAUGCUUGCGGUUGGAAUUUACAGAGUAUUUUCUUUGACAUAUUACAUGCUUAGUUGAAUUUCUUUGCACAAAGAGGUAUCCCAGUUACGUUUCUAAUUUGAUUUCAUCAUAGGUAAUAGUCAAAAAGGACAUUUGCAUUUUAGCAAUUUUUAUAGUUAUAGACUACAAAUUAUUUAAGUAUCCAUUACUUUUCUCUUUGUAACAUCUUUAUUUCUAUAUGAAACUUUAGGUUAUUUACAUUGAAUGUAUUGAACACAUUUCCUUCCUAUCAUUUUUUUUAGUUGUUAUUUAAUUUGGGUGUGUGUACAUAUGCGUGUGCAUCUGUGGAGGUCAGAGGAUUCCUUUGUGGAGUUGGUUCUCUCCUCCACUUUUAUGUGUGUUCCUGGUGUUGAACUCUGAUCACCAUGCUUGUGAACAAGUGCCUUCACUGCUGAGCCAUCUCAUUGGUCCCCUCCCCCAUCCUUUAAGACCAACAAAAGUUAUUUUACCCAUUCCACUUCACUUUCACGUUAACAAACCUAUGUUUGAACUUGAAAGUUCAUUUUUGUUCUUUUAUCAAGGUGACAAAGAUUUAUUGUUUUAAUAAAAAAAUUAGAUGUUCAAACUUUACCUAUAAAGAAAGUCAAGGAAAAGUAUUAAUAGUAAGCUGUGGAUUAUCGAUCUAUUUCAUUCGUUACUUUUAUAGCAAGAACAGGUUUCUUGAAACAUACUUGGCGUGUUUUAAGCUGUUUCAAAGUUAAAACUUUUUGUCAGCAUUGCAUUAAUUAAACUCUUGACAGUUUGUUUAAACAUCAUCUUCACUGUUACUGGUAUUUUGAAACGGUAUCACUGUGUAGCCUAUGAUGGCCUCAAACUUGCAGCAGUAUUCCUGUCUGAGCAUUCUAAGUACUGGUUCACCAUGUUCAGCAUAAAUGCACCAAUUUGAACACAGUUGAAUUAUCAAAGAUGUUUUUCUUCGUGUGUGUGUGUGUUUGUGUUUGUGUGGGUGCAUGUAGAGGCCUUAAGGUUGCUGUCAAGAAUCUUUCUCAAUUACUCUUUCACUUUAUAAUUUGAGACAGGGUUUCUAAGUGAACCCAGAGCUCACUGAUGCAGCUAGUCUUGCUAAUCAGCUUGUUGCAGAGAUCCCCUGCCUCUGCUUUCCAAGGCUGGAAUUACAGCCUCACCUAUCAUUUUGAUGUGGGUUCUGGGGAUCUGAUCUCCCGACAGGCAUUUCAACCAUUGAGCCAUCUCAUCAGUCCCUCAAAGACGUUCUAAGUAUUGCAAAACAACACAACAUACACAGUUUGUUUCAUGUAUAAUUUAUUAAAACAGACUUAAGUGUUAUCCUGAAUUAUUAGCCUAGUAUUUUAACUGUUCAAGAUUAAGUUGAAUUGCACUGACAGUAUAGAGUCAUUAUCAGUAUGAUCUUUUCUGCCUUGAAAAUGUGUCUUGUGAUUCUUGAAAGCUAGUAAGUGUUGGGAUGCUUUUUGUAGGCUGGGAUUUGGUACGUUUGCCUCAUGUCCUCACUGUAUGCUACUGUGGAAGUCCUCUCGUCUGCCCAAGUCUGUUGUCAGAGUCCAGCCUAUAAAACAACCCUUUCUUGUGUUAGGGAUCGUGGACCUUAGCAGAAAUCUGUGACUCAGUUAACAGAUUCCAAAGCAGAAUCCAUUAUGCAUGUAACAGUUGCAAUAUAUAUGAUAAUCUAAGAUAUCAUAAUUGAUGAAAUUUAAGGGUUAAUAGAGCCUCUUUAAAAUAGAAGCCAUCAGUUUUAAAGCAAAUUUUCCUUUGUAAAGUGGCUAGGGUUGCAGGAAUGUUGUGGUAUAAACAGACAAGGAAAUUACCAUAGAAAUUUGUUUCAGAGAGUUCAGGUGUGACCCU